CAGGAAGCUUCCGGUGAGUUAGCUAGCGGCAGUAAGGCACUAGCAAGCACCAAGGCAUGCUACAAAAGCUAGGAAGCCAAAGCGCUGCUCACGCAGUGCACCGGAGGUUUGCAAAUUGCCGCACGACUGCUCUGGAAGCCGUCGCCGCACUGCGAGUCGCUUGAAUCCACGGCUGUGCAUCGCUGAGACAGCUGCACGCCAUCAUCGCCAUCGUCGCUUCGUCGCUGCGUGCAUGCGACGCGUCGCCAGAGCAGCCCUGCCAGCGCUCGCAAGCGCUUUCGUUGCACCAACGGCGCAGCUAAAAAGAAAGAUGAGCGCCCUCACAGUAACGAUAGGCACGCACUCGGGCACCUUCCAGGCCGACGAGGCGUUAGGUGUGUGGCUCCUACGCCAGCUGCCGCAGUACGCGACCGCACCGUUAACGAGAAGCAGGGACCAAUCAACGCUCGACGCCUUGACGAUUGUCAUCGACGUGGGAGGUUCAUAUGAUCACGCGAAGCUAAGAUAUGACCACCACCAGCGGGGCUUCUUCGAGACCAUCGACGGGAAAGUUGGCGAGGCCCAGGGGCCCUCGGAAGCGACGGGGCGCUUCAAGACGAAGCUGUCGGCUUCUGGUCUCGUCUACAAGCACUACGGCCGGGACAUCAUCAAGGUCUUGCAUCCUAGUAUUGAGCAAAAUGCGUUAGAGUGGUGCUACGGCCAGCACUACAAGACCUUCAUGGAGGCGCUGGAUGCGAUCGACAACGGCAUUGAAAUCGCACCCGAGACGUUGUAUAGCGACGGCUCCUCCCUACCAGCGCGCGUCCACCGUUUAAAUAGACCGUGGAACGCGCCGCCCGACGUGGAACAAAAUGAUGAAAACGCGCGGUUCGAAGGAGCGGUCAUGCUGUGCGGCAUCGAGUUCGGCGACGCCCUCGCUCAUACCAUCACGGUCGAGUGGCCGGCGAGAGCGUUAGUACAGAAGGCGCUGAGCGAUUGUGGUCAGGUCGACGCAUCGAUGAAGAUCAUCGCCCUCGAGAGUGGCGGCUGCCCCUGGCGCACGCACUUGUACGAGCUCGAGAAAGAGGCAGGUAUUGGUGAUCGCACGAAGUUCGUACUGUAUCCGGACGGCAAGGGCCUGUGGCGCGUCCAGGCGGUGACGGUCGAAGGGACCUUGUUCCAGAAUAGACUGUCUUUGCCGGAGCCGUGGCGCGGGUUGCGAGGUUCCGACUUGGAUGCGGUCGCGGGCAUCGAAGGUUGUGGUUUUUGCCACGCCACGGGCUUUAUUGGGGGGCACAAGACGAGGGAAGGCGCAUUAGCGAUGGCGCGCAAGGCUCUACUGUAAAAAAGUUAGGCACUCA